AUGACAACAUCCUGGUCCUGCCCCAGCCUUCCCUCAGAGGGUACAGACAGUAUAUGCUGUUUCGCCAAUUCCACCUGUGCAGAAUACGUCUGUGGCCACUUCGGCUCGAAUAUCACCACCGAUACCACCGGAGGAUUGGUGAUGCACAACUGUCUCGUAUCCAAUGGUACAGAGGCUACAGAGUUGUACAGUAAUCCACCCGCCAAUGGGACUUGCUCAUUCAAUACGCCAGGUAAUGGGUGUAUCAUCCGUACAAUUGCGAAUGAGUCGACUACCACGACCGGCUCUGCAUCUGCAUCUGCUGCCACCUCAGCUCCGGCUACUUCAGGUAGUGCAAGCGCAAGUGCAAGUGGAACUUCUUCAGCAGGUGCAGCUCAACUGGGAGGUAUAGACCAGAUGGUAUUGUUGGGUAUUGUAGGCAUGACUUGGGUGAUUAAGAGGGUUUGCCAUUGA